CCUGUCAUGUUUCUCAUACAAGCCGUCGUCCAGCUCACGGUGGAUUGUCAGAGCUUUUGAACACCUCAACAUAGCCUGUCAGCUGUGGAGAGAGAAUGAAAGACUGCUGGCUCUCUGCCUUCCUCAACUAGUUGAGGUAGCACCUAUAUUUACCAAGCGUGCCAAACUUCAAAUGGUAACUGAUAGAAGCUGUAAAGAAGUAGGCUAUGCAAGAAAACGUCUUGUGAACUACUUCAUGACAUGCGAGGAAGAUAGUCUUGGGGAAAAGUGAGCCGGCAGAUGCAACAAAAUAUCAAACCAGUUGUCAGGAGGAGUCCAAGUUGCCUUCUGUUGGGACACUUCCACCGGAGGAAUCCAAGAAAUGAAAACCAUCCCACUGCACUGAUUCGGUGUCGCCGCUGCAUCGCCAGAGCAGAAACAUGCCAAUUUCCUUUUUUCAAAACAAAUGACUGAUGAGAAAGUAGGCUGCUGUUUUUCACUUACAGAAGGAGCUUGGUGACAAGGGGUCAUCUUCUUAAUCAUUUUCCUCUUCAUCGCUUGCUGAAGAUCGCAUUACUUUUACCUGGAGAGAGUAAAUGUGACAUUUCAGCCCACACGUGUUGAUGGUUUUGUAUUUUGGUUGCAGAGACAAAAGCUUGUGAACUUCAGAUUCAUCUUUAGCAAGCCAUUAUGAAAUGGGAGAAGUUAAAGCCUCCAGAGCCAGAUGAUCCUAUGUGUUGCUGUGAGUGUGAUGUCGACCAGUACGGAUGUUGCUGUGACUGUGAAGAUCUGGAUGAAGCUUUUACCAGGUGGCUGAAAGACAGACCCCCUAAAGGUGGAUGUCAGUCUCCUGUACUCGGGGCCAUGAUUGACAAACUGGAGAUCUCAAUGAUCCCGGCCCUGGUGCUGCUACCUCUCCUGCUAAGGGUUGCAGCGCUACACUACCUGCUGGGUAUCAUCAUCCUGACAGCUCUACCCGGCCUGGUGCUGUGGUACUACUAUGCCACGCACAGAAAGAAGAGACGCACCCUCUUCUUCCUCACCCUGGCGCUCUUCUCUCUAUUCUACUUGUAUUACCUCUUCAUCACAGAGAUUUUACCUCGUGAAGACGUCAGCCAGCUGCAGGUGUGUACUGUGACCACUGGGGUGAUUCUCACUCUUGUCUCUCUUAUUCACACCAAGAGAGGCCCAGGAUUGGUGAACGCUUCCCUACAUGAGACACGCAGCCACAGUCAGGACGCCAACAAAGACUCCACACACCUUAAUGGAUCUAUCCAAUCAGCAGCCUCCUCAGGGACAACAAAAGAGGCCCUGACCGCAAAAUGGAACAGCUGUCCUGUGUGCAAAAUAACACGACCUCCACGGGCCGGACACUGCCGAACCUGUGGAUCAUGUGUCCAACGUCUGGACCACCACUGUGUCUGGAUAAACAGCUGUGUCGGACAGGCAAACCAUCGCAGUUUCUUGCUGACCCUCUCUGUGUUCGUGUUGACCUCUCUGUAUGGGAUCAGUUUGGUGCUUUGCAGCCUCUGUCCUCGACAGUACCUGAUGACGGCUCUCCUCUACUGCCCCGGUGUCUACAGUCAGUCCAGCAUGGCACUGUGCUUCACCUGUGCUUGGUACAGCAGCAUUGUCACAAGUGGACUGCUUUACCUGCUGGUGGUACAAGUUCUGAACAUCAGCUUCAAUGUGACAGAGCGAGAGGCUCAGCUGGCUCUGAGGAACAAAACGGGCCAGAGGCGCCUGUGGGGACUCGUCGUCGACACAGGAGAGUAUUCACGUGGCUUCUGUCAGAACUGGGUUGAGUUCCUCACCAUGGCAGAUGCUUCGGUUUCUCCUCGCUCCAGCCUCACCGACUUGGUCUAGUUUCACUUUGUACUCUAUAGUAACACCAUGAUAACAGACAGCAUGUGUGAAGAAUUACAUCUCAUGUAGCCAUUUUCUUAGGAAAUAUCAGCUGAUGUCUUCCAUUGCAUUCAAGCCUCUUCAUACAAUACAUUAAAAACUACUAUAAAACUAAACUACACAUGAUAAUUGUUUUGGGGUUGGAAGUUGGAAAUAACAUACAGGGAUAAGACUGCAGGCUCUGCCAUGCUACUGUACAUAUUUUCUCUACCUGCAGAAUAUGAACAUCAUUUAUGCUGCUGACUGAAUUCAAAAUAUUGUUGACCGUAUGUCAAUUGAAAAAUGAAAUAAAAAUCUUGUAAUAAAUGAGAGACUGUGGGGUUUAAGUAAAAGAACGGCCACACUUUCAGCUCUAUAUCUGAGGUAUCUGCAUUUGGAUGCCUCCCUGUGGAGAUCUUCUGAGUCAAACUGGGAGAAAUCCCAUAUAAUACCCCCAUCGCUUUAAUAAAACCUUGUUCUAGUCUGUUUAUUCAGCGUUUGAUAUGACAAAACAGGCAUGAAGAGCUGGCACAGACAUAUAGAGCCCUGCAUCUGACCCCUGUGAAUCAGUGGUGGGUGUGCAGUCAUAACUUCCUGGAGCAGCUUCAGUCAUCUUUACUGUUGUGACUGAUGCAAUCUGUAUUCAUCUGCAGUGCUCUCAUUGAUUUUUUAAUGCAAUAGUCUUUGUCCAUUGUUGUCUGAUAGUGCCAGCGGUGCUCCUUUUACACUGUCCAGACCUACACAUUUUAAGACAUGCAGGGAUUGUUUCUGUAAAUACUGAAUUACAAGUAUUAUUUAUUUAUAUUAAGCUGAAGGCCACAGUCUGUAUAACUAAAUCUAUUCACUCUUAUAUAGCAUAAUAAACAGCAAAGUGAAAAGUC